CGCGAUUUUAUCGUGUUCAAAUCGUUAGUAAGGAUAAUAAAGGAGGAAUCCGAAAUUUGGGUAAUUGCAUGUCUUGAAUAAUAACAAUGUCGGCGACCGAAAAGGACAAAACUCCACUUUUGGGUGUUUCUCAACCCAUUUCGCUAGCCCAUCCAGAUUCAAAAGACAUUGCACAGACGACUUUAUUGAUAGAAACAUUGAAAAAGUUUGGAAGCUAUGAACCAAAAGAAGAAACAGAACAAAGAAUGGAAGUACUUCGUAAUUUGAAUCGUCUAGUCAAAGAAUGGGUUAAGAAUGUAACUGCCAUGAAGAUCCCGAAUGGAGAGGGUGUGAAUGCGGGUGGAAAACUUUUUACUUUUGGAUCAUAUCGUCUUGGAGUUCACAGUUCUGGUGCUGAUAUUGACACACUUGCUGUUGUACCACGUCAUAUCGAUCGAUCAGACUUUUUCACAUCAUUCAAAGAGAUGCUCAAUAACGAUCCAAAUGUGACAGAAUUGCAUGGUGUUGAAGAAGCUUUCGUUCCAGUUAUGAAACUUAAAUAUUCUGGUGUUGAGCUUGAUAUUCUCUUUGCUCGACUUGCUUUGAAAGAAGUACCUGAUACCCAAGAGCUUUCUGAUGACAACCUUCUCAGGAAUUUGGACCAAGAAAGUGUUAGAUCACUAAAUGGAUGCAGAGUCGCUGAGCAACUGUUGAAACUGGUUCCACGUCAAAAAGAAUUCUGUGUAACUCUACGAGCCAUCAAACUAUGGGCAAAAAAUCACGGAAUUUAUUCCAAUUCGAUGGGAUUUUUUGGAGGCAUCACAUGGGCGAUUCUCGUUGCUCGAGCUUGUCAGUUAUAUCCAAAUGCAAGUCCAUCAAGACUUGUUCAUAGAAUGUUCUUCAUUUUCUCAACGUGGACUUGGCCUCAUCCAGUAGUACUAAAUGAAAUGAACAACGACAGAAACGAUAUUCCGACACUGUGCGAGUUGGUUUGGGAUCCUCGACGAAAAAAUACAGAUAGAUUCCACGUAAUGCCAAUUAUUACUCCAGCAUUCCCAGAACAGAAUUCGACUCAUAAUGUGACUCGAUCCACCGCCACUGUUAUAAAGAACGAAAUAUGCGAAGCCCUUGAAAUUUGUCGAGAUAUCAGUGAAGGAAAAUCGAAAUGGACUGCUUUAUUUGAAGAAGUCAACUUUUUCAGCAGAUAUAAGCAUUUUAUUGCUCUUAUCAUGGCUGCUCCUAACGAGGAAGAAGAAUUAAACUACGGUGGUUUCCUUGAAUCACGUAUCCGUCUUCUUGUGCAAAGCCUUGAACGUAAUCAAGAUAUUAUAAUAGCCCACAACGACCCGAAUAAGCAUAAACCAUCUCCAAAUGCAAAGUUUGAUGUAAAUCCAGAAAACAAGAGGGUUACUGUAUGGUUUAUUGGUCUUGAAUUCGCGGAACAUGCUAAAACUCUUGAUUUGACAAAUGAAAUUCAACGAUUCAAAACAAAUGUCGAACUACAAGCGAGUAAUGUGAAGGGUAUUGGACCAAAUUGUCAAGUGCAGAUUGAUAUGUUCUAUGUAAAGAGAAACAGUCUGAUUCAAGUGAUUAGUGCUGCUGAUCUUCGCCGUGGCCGUCGCUGGAAGAAAGUUGUUCCAAUUGCUACGAAUACUUCCGUCAGCAGUUCUACACCCCGAAGUGUUGUGCGAACUACAAGUACUAGCUCUGUACCAACUACUCCAACUGGACUUGCUGCUCCAAAAACACCACUAUCUGCAUCAGUUUCUGCCACGAAUGAACCUGAUUCAACAACAAAUGGUACUCCAUUAUCAAGAAAACGUAGUAUGGAUGAAGAAUCAUCAACUACUGUAACUUCACAAAUUUCUGAUGAAUCUGUACCAAAAAAGAAAACACGUGAUGAUACAUUAGAAGAGAAUAGAGUUUCAAUGGUUGUUGAAGUUUCGAAUGUUGUGGUUGAACAAAGAACAAAAGUUGUUCAAGAAAUAGUUGAUUUGCAAGCUGAUAAUGGAUUGAAUACAUCAAAUGGUUUGGAAGCCAGUGAACAGAAAAUGGAGGUUCCACAAAGUGUUUAAUAAUGGGUACGUUAUGAUUCUCAAUUAAAAGAAAUUUAAAAAAUUGGUAAUCGGAAUCAGAGGUGGACUGUAAUCGAAAAGUUCUGAAAUUUCCGUGUUUUAAGUUUUCCACAAGGCAAUUUCCGCAGUUGGAGAACCUCAACAUGUUGGUUAAUUCUUAAAAAUAAUUUUGGAAAAAUAAACUAGAAAUGAGCGAAAAAGCAAUUUCAACUGCAUUGAUAAAAUUUUGAUCUCACUAACAGUAUUCAAAGUUUAAAGUUUAAAAAAGUAAACAUUGAGGAAAUUGUUAAGAACAACUCCCAUGGUACCUAAAACCCAAAUUUCAAAAAAACAACCAAAAAUUAAGUUUGCAAAAAAAGUUGGAAAAUUCAAAUAUUGUAAAAACAGCUGGAUAAAGCUACACGAGCCGAGAUUUUUCAGUAAAUUUCAAAGAUCGCUAUUUUGAAAUCAGCUUCCAUAAUUAUCCAUACAUCGAUUUACAAAGACGUUUUAAAAUUAUACCAUCUUUUCAGGUGUCUACUGUCUUCAAACCAAAAGUUUUACACACUUUUUCACGCGGUUCUUUUAUUCUCUCACAUUUGUAAUAUAUCAUUGAUAAUAGUUAUCAGAUCGCUUCACUUUAGAGAAUUUAUCACCAUUUAUUUGUUCGUUUUCUCUUCGUAUUUGCAUAAGAUAAUCAUCCAAGUACCAAUAUGCAUUUCUUUUGGUUUUUAACUUUGUCUUCCUCAGUAUAUGUUUUCUUUAUUGAAACUAUAUGAUCCUCCAUUUCAUUAUUUUCUUGUUUUUUCUUCAUCAAGUAUAUGCCUUCUACUUCACUUUUUUUGUCUUAUGUUUCCUUCUGUUUUUUUCAUGAAAAAAUUUAUUUAUAUGAGCCAAAUUGGCAGCUUCAUUGUUUUUUCUUUGACUUCACAUACCAUCGCUCUUCUCGGAAUCAUUUAAUCUACUUGUAUUUACUAUUUUGCUUCUCUGUUACUAUCUAUCUCUGAGUUUUCAGAGAAUUACAUUUGCUUUGUAUAAAAAAAAGCCAAAAACUCUGAAAAAAUCAAGAAAAAAAAUCGGAGGAAUCGCACUCGUUUCUUCCCCCAAAAAAGGCACGCAUUCCAAUUUUCUUUCCUCUUUUUCCUCAUUUUUUACCACAUUUUCUUCCUUCUCGAUUUGUCGUUUUAUCCACGAUAAGUCAUUCAUCCUUUUUUUCCCUUUCUCCAACAGUCUCAUAAACUUCUCCCUUCAUUCAUACAUCAGUCCACGAUGUCUUCUCAUCCCCGUCCAAACUUACCUUUUCAUUUAAUUUUAAUCAUCUCUCAAUUGUUUACUGUUUUCGGUUCAGAAAGUUUGCAAUCAUUUUUGUGCACGCUCAUGUUUUGUGAACGGAUAAUAAUGGUUAAUAAAAAGAGAAGACGUCCA